AUGGCCAACGGGGAGCUGGAUGAGGAAAGCCUGAAUGAUUUGUACAGCUGGGUUGAUGCCAUCCCCCUUUCCCGCCCGAAGAGGAACAUUGCCCGCGACUUCAGUGAUGGAGUUUUGGUGGCCGAAGUGGUGAAGUUUUACUUUCCGAAAAUGGUGGAGAUGCACAAUUAUGCUCCAGCUAAUUCUACCCCGCAGAAACUCUCCAACUGGGGACACCUGAACAGGAAAGUGCUGAGCAAGUUGAACUUCUCCAUCCCAGAAGACAUGGUGCGGAAGAUUGCCCAGUGCACACCGGGGGUGGUAGAGCUGGUGCUGAUUCCACUGCGGCAGAAAAUCGAGGAAAAACAAAAGCAAGCCAAGAUGUCAUCUAACUCCUAUCAGGAGCUGGGAAUGCGUUCGACUCUGGAAGAGAGCAACUAUCUGGAUACAGGCUACACUUCAAAGUCCAAACCCAACAGCACCGGGAUCUAUAUCCAGGACUCUCCUGGGCAGGAAAGGGCGGCCAAAGGACAUCCAAGUUACACGGUGCCAUUGCAGACAGAUGCCAAUCUGCGCCUCCACUUAGCCGAGCGGGAACAAGCCCUGCUGGCAUCACAGGAGACGGUUCAGAUCCUACAGAUGAAGGUUCGCAGGCUGGAACACCUUUUGCACCUGAAGAACGUCCGGAUCGAUGACCUGACUCGGCGCCUGCAACAAGCAGAGCAGAGGCGGAAAUGAAUGACCCGGCUCAGGUUCCCUCCCAGUGGUGUCUCUCUGACCCAGCAGAUAAUGUUAAGAUGGCCAGGCCUUCUUUCUUCCCGUGUGUCAUCCCCCCCCCCCCGCCCCCUUCAAGAAGCGGCCACCUCUUCCUUUGCAAACAGCUGCCUUCAGGCUCCAAGGAGGCUGAGAUAUCAAAACAAAGACUGGCAGAGAUCCCCAUUUCAACUAAGAAGUCAUGUCUACAGGUGGCUCAGACAGACAGCUUAGCUAACGCCCAAGGUCUGAUGCCAGAGAGGCAAAAUCUGUUGGCAGAUACGGACGGAAGUGAGCCAGGCAUCCUGGAAGAGGCACCAGGCUGAAAGGAUGUGCCCUCAAUGCUCCAAGCAUUGUCAUAGGACACAUGGAUGCCCAUAUGGCAGCAAUGGUGACAUCCCCAUAGCAUACCCCAGAGGUUGAUGGCUCCGGUGUGGGCUGCCCCUGCUCAGGAGUAAGAGCUCCCCCUUGGGCUCUUCAGAACUAGGAGAGGCAGAGCACCUUCCCCAGAGUUCCCCGCUCGGCAGGUCCCUUUGUGGAGGGCUAGGAAGUGGGCUUGUAUGUUCACUGUUGCCUUGAGCACCUGUCUACCCCCACCACACCCAGGACUGGGCUCCAGUCAGGACUCUUACCACAUGAGGCCAGUCUCCAUGGCUGCCUCCCCAAGCAUUGCAAAGUCCUUGUGCUCGCUGGUGGCUCUGGAACAUCUGGAGGGCAGAGAAGCUGGCGGUGAUGGCUGUGGAUGGAGUGACAGGUUGUUUGGCUAAGAGUCUUGCUCUCUGUAACCUUCUGCUGAAGACCCGAGAGGUAUCACUGUCCUUUUGGGGAGUGGAGGUAAUACCCUUCCUUGUGGGAAUAUUGCUGGUGCAUUCUCCCUGGGAAAUGUACUCCUGAGAAGGUCCUCACUCAGAUAGGCCUUCUUUUUUUGAGGAGUGGGGCAGUCAGGUUCCCUUUCCACUAUUGUUUCUACCCUGGGGGGUAGUUCUGGGUGCCUUUUCCUCUCUUUACCCCAUUUGGCUCUCAGCUGGUAGCCUGGUUACCUCCUACUACAAGUGUGCGGAAGCCUUUGACGAUCCAGAUGUUGCUGAACUACAACUCUCAUCAUCCCUGGCCAUUGGCCACACUUGCUAGGAUGGAUGGGAGUUGUAGUUCAGGAACACCUGGACGGCCAAAUGUUCUCCAGCCCUGCCCUGCUGCUCCAGAUGCACAGGUGGGUUGUCUGCCAUAGAUGGCACUUCAUGCUUGCUGCAGUGAGGGGCAGCCACACUUGCCUUAAACAUGGUAUGGGGAGGUAUGUUCAGCCCUCGAAGCCCGUUGGCAACACGGUCAUGAAAGACUGGUCCCAGGUGCACCUGGCUCAGUGCAAAUCCCCAGCAAAACAGCAAACAUUAGUGGUUGCAACAAUUGCAGGCAAAUGCGGUUUUCCUGCAAAAGUGGAAUCUGGAACAAGUGGAGUAGCUACCGAAGAGGUUUUGUAGCUUCCUCUUGCUCACCUUGCAUAGCUCAGUUGCAUAAAAUAGGUCUGUGUUUUGAACAUAGGUUUGCUUCCCUCGUCCCUUCCUUUUUAAAAGACAGAUAAUGACUUAUUUUAGCAAAAAGAAAAAAAGGCAGCCUUCACUGUUGUAGGUCAGUCAAGCCAACCUGGUGUCUAGGGUUGCCAGGUUCAGGGCCUGAGACUGAUCCUGUAUCUUUAGGAGAAGAGAAAGUCA